UAAAAACUUGAAAUAAAAAAAAUCUUACAGUUAGGUUCCCAUUUGGUAUUUUGUUUUUUAUUCAAUGUUGCGAUACGAGAAAUACUCUAUUGAUUGUCUCUCAGAAAAUAGUAAUACUGCUUCCGUCAUUUGCACACGGCACUUUCUAGAAGCUUCCUUGUGAUUUCUUUAAGCUGCGCAUGACAACCUGAAAGACUGUUGGUUAAAGCUCAGUCAUGUGAUUAUUAUAAUGUUUUUAUAUUAUAAUUUUAAUGAUAAAUUUUAACAUUGCAUUCAACUUAUUAGAUGGUUGAGAUGGGUGCUUCUAGCAGUUCUCUUUUAAAUGGUUCAGCACCACAAGCUGCUGUGGGUGUGAGACACAUUUCAUCCACUGAAGGAAAACUGUCCUACACUAUACCUGAAUCUUUAAGACGAAGCACAUGUGUUUUUGAUUACAAUCAAGAUGGCCAAGCUGUUUUUCAAAUCCAGAAGAAUGGCAAACUUGAGAGACAACAUGUUUCAGAAAACUUGCCUUAUAACUCCACUUCAGUUAAAUCUAAAAGUGUACAAGGAAGCUACUAUGUUGUGACAUUGGCACUGAAGCAACAAAUGGAUUUGAAUGCACAUUUCAAAUAAAUGAUUGCUUAAAGCAGAGACUAUACUUUGUCAACACACUAGACUGGUGGACUUUUCACUUCGGCAAUGACAUUCCAGUUUAGAUUUUAAAAAUAUUUGCUUCUUUUAUAAACAAAAUUGCUGUUUAUUUUGGUCAGGCAUUUUAAUUGUUACAGAAAUCUUUUGUUUACAUUCAAUUAAGGAGAUCCACAGGUCCAUCAUUUUAAAAUUUGUCCUGAUUUGCUUUAAUGCAACAAUAAAUUUUAAUAGUUUUAUUUAGUUUUUAAGUACAUUGAUAUCUUUUUUAAAAGUUUGAGAUUUCAUUUUAUUGAAUUUUUAGAUUUAAAUAGAAAUUUAUUAAAAUAAACUGGAAUAA